UCACUUAGAUGACAGUUAGAGAUUCAAUUUUCAGGCAGACACACUGGAGGAAAGCAGUGCUGAGGAAAACCAGACGUUUUAUGAAUCAAGGAAGUAACAAAUAAGAUGACAGCCUUGUUGUUCAAAGAUGCUUUUUGGGGGACUGAUUUUACCUGUCAUGCUGGGUAUGACGCUGUGGUACAAAGGCUAAGAGAUGGCAGGCGGAUGUGUAAAGAUGUGGAGGAGCUCUUGAAAAUGAGGGCACUAGCAGAGGAGAAGUACGGGAAGGAACUGGUGACUAUUGCCCGUAAAGCUGGGGGCCACACGGAGAUCGGCACCUUGAGAUCAUCCUUUGAUCAGUUAAAAGCACAAAUUGAGAACAUUGGAAACUUUCACAUCCAGCUAUCUGGUGUGUUGAAAGAGGAGGUGAAAAAGCUCGAAGCAUUCCGAGAACGUCAGAGGGAGCACAGGAAAAAGUUCGAAGGAAUCAUGGAGAAGGUUCAGAAGUCAAAGCUGUCUUCUUUCAAGAAGACCGUGGAGUCUAAGAAGGCCUAUGAGCAGAGAUGCAGGGAGUCAGACGAAGCGGAAGAGCUGGCCGAGAAGACAACUACCACAUCUGCUACAGCCAAAAACUCAGAAAAGGUACAACACAGGGCCAAGCAAUGCAGACAGGCUGCCAAUGAAGCAGAGAAGCUGUACCUUGCAAACAUUGACCAGUUAGAUGAAGUGCGCCAGGACUGGGAAGACACCCACAGAAGCACGUGUGAGGUAUUCCAACACAUGGAGGCAGAUCGUAUCAGCAUCCUGAGGUGUGUUCUUUGGGAUCACUGCAACAACUUCUCCAUGCAGUGUGUCAGAGAUGAUGAGCUUUACGAGGAGGUGAGAAAGGUUCUGGAGAAGUGUGACAUCACCACAGACAACAACAGCUUCAUCGAGAUGAAAACUACAAGCACGAGGCCACCAGAACCCAUAGAGUUCAAGAGCUUCUAUCAGACGGAGCCGUCCACAAAUAGAAACGGCUGCGCUCACCUCGCAGGGGGGCGAGGUAUCAUGACGAGGUUCAGUAGCCUCCUACCAGGAAGCUCAAGCAGCUCAAGGAUCGACGUCAAUGACAGCCCUCCACACUCCCGGUCAGCAGUGCCAUCUAGUGGCCAAUCUCUGGCUGAGAACGCAGAUGGAGUGAGUGCGUCCGUACCUGAUGUCCAUCGGGCAGCCUCGGUGACCUCCAUUUCAGAUGAUGACCAAGGUCGCUACAUGGUGCUGUAUGACUUCUUUGCACAGCAACCUGACGACUUGACUGUGCCCAGAGGAGCUGUGGUGCAGGUGCUGGAGCAAAGACCCGACGGAUGGUGGACUGUAGAGAGGAACGGGCAGACUGGACUGGUGCCAGGAAACUACCUGGCUAGAGCCUGAAAACACACACACACACACACACACACACACACACACACACAGACAAGGGUAUACAGACACACGUAUGUGUCCUGGCCCUAUGUGGAGGUUGGAUGCUCUCCGUGUGGGUUUCCUCCCACAGUUUAAAAACAUGCAGGUCAGGUGAAUUGAAGACAACUGCCUAUGGGCUUGAGUGUGUAUGUUGUAGCACACACCACGCAGUGUAAAGCCCUUGAGACAUGCUUGUGCUAUAUAAAGUUGACUUGACAAGUACAUAAAUACACAUCACCACCCCUAUAGAUUUACAUACAGACAGCCUCUCAAGCUUUCAUAUUACAUACUCUUUACAACCUCACUGUAAACGUGUGAAACUGUAUGAUCUUAACCACGAAGAAAUUCUGCUUUACUGCAAGCAUGGCAAUAAAACCGCAGCCUCUUCCAAGCUGCUGCUGCAGUGUACAAGUUAAUUCAAGAGUUUCAGUUUAGUAGGUUAUUUUAGCAGUUCACUAAAGUUAUGAAACAUCUGCGUCAAUUACCCUUUAUUCUGAAAUAUAUCCAGAUUUCCAGAAUAUGCCAGAAAUAGAUCUCUAGAUUGAUACAUGGAAUGGUAUCUUACCAAUAGAAAAUGAGUCACAGCAUGACCUCAUGUACCGUGAUGCAUCAUAAAACUCUGUCAGCCAUCUUUUAUACACCAGAUAAAAAACCUAAGCAUGUUACUUGAAUUGGCAUUCCCUAUUUAUACAUUAUUCUUCUGUGCUUCAUGUAGAUCAUAUUGAGCUUAUGUAACAGAGAAAACUAUUUUCUCAGGUAUGACAUACCUGAGAAAAUAGUAUCAACUAAUGGCAGAGCUAUUUGUCUAAAGGCAUUGUACAGUCAUAACACCCAGAAAUACACACAUCAAGACAACACCUCUGUUCCCACAA